CCCAAACUUCUUCCCCAUUAAGGCUUGGCUAUAUUUAUAGGGGCCAGCCCACCAUAAUCUGGACUUGUUACGUUAACUCAACUUACUUCAGGGGAACAAGUGUUGCCAGUCUACACUAAAUAUUAUUUCCGUUAUACCUGGUCCUACUAAAACUAAACCAGCCACCAAUCAUGCCUCGACUACUCCACCUCCUACCAACGGCCGCCGCCCUCCUGUCCACCCACUUCACCCCAACCGCCAGCGCAGCGUGCACACGUGAGGGCCUACUCGCCGCAGCCAACAGUUACAUCGCCGCGCAGACAUCCGGCAGCACCUCCGGCCUCAACCUCUCGGGUACGAACUUCACGUACCAGGAGAACAACAAAGUGGUCGACAUCGCCUCCGGCGUGCUAAGCCAGCCACUGACCAUCGACCUGAACCGCUCAACGGCCGACACGACGGCGUGCGCGAGCUACACGAUGCUGAUCUCCGCGUCGGGGGCGAAGCCGUACGUGAUCUCGACGCAGAUGCGGCACCCAGCCGACGACGACAGCAGCAGCAGCAUCGCGCUCAUCGACACCAUCGCCGCCACAGCCGGCUCCCUCUUCUUCGACGCCUCAAAAACCCUCAGCUACAUCUCUCAAGAGAACUGGGGGCCCGUCCCCCCCGACUCGCGCGCGAGCCGCGACGAGCUCAAGCGGAUCGGCGACGCGUACCUCGACAUGUGGACGGACGCGUCGGCGGCGGACUCGAUACCAUGGGGCACGGACUGCGAGCGGGUGGAGGGGUCGGCACUGACGAGGCCGUGCGGGGCGACGCUGCCGCGGGGGGGAAGCCAGAAGAGGAAUGGGAAUCGCAGGUACGUGAUUGACGAGACGGUCGGGUCGGUGGACGUGCUGUGCUCGUUUGAUGCGCUGGGGGACAUGCCGGAUUCGCAUGAGGUGAGGGUUGAGGGGGGGGCGGUCAAGUAUGUGCAUACGGUUACGGUUUUGCGGUGAUUUGGGAGGAGUUGAAUUGAGGCGCCUAUUUAUCGGAUUUUCUGUAAUGUGUUAGGGGUAGACUAGGAAUUCUUUGCUUCCCCCUUUUCCCUACCCUAUUACUAGUACUUUAUAGAAAAUCAUCAAGAGAAUCGCCCUCGCUCAUUCUUAAUCGUACACUACCAAUUCAGCAUUUACUUGCGAUUCACCACAUCCGGGAAAAUACUCAAAAGACCGGGUAUGGAAGCAAUAAUCGGGUACUAUCGGGGAAGUGCCGAGAGUAGUGCACGGCGUAAAGUGGAGAUUGCACAUUGGUGAGAAGGCGUCAUCUUUCUCCGCUCGCGGA